AUGAACCGUUCCUGGCGCGACACACUCCUGGACCAAUCAUCAAUGUGGACCGAGAUCAGCUAUCUCGACAAGUAUGCUACCAAGGCUCUAUUCAAUAUUCUAUUCUCCAUUAACUAUUAUAUUCGAUGUUUGGGCCAUGGGUUUAGCCAUCGAAGGAUAAAAAAAUUAACACAUGUCGUUUUGGAUAUCACGUUUUCUCGACUCGAAUCUUCGCACGUUAAUGUCGUAACAGCAGCAUCCCAACAAGGUCAAGAAACGGGCCAACUACCAGUCUCAUCGCCAGACAUAUCGCAGCAUCAGGACUUUCUCACAACGCUGUGCUUUACCUCAUACCUCGAUGAACACUGUGACAUGCUCAAUGUCGGACGGGCAGCAUCAGUACAGCUUCCAACCAUGCCUAGCAACUUACGCAUCGCCAAUAAUUCAGCGUGUGACUUUUGUUAUGGACAGUUUUACUGGAGUUAUCCUACAAGUGAACAAUAUAAGUCAAUCGAAGAUUACACCUCGAUGCUGGCGUCAAUCAUAUAA